AUGCGCUCAAUCAUGAUCAUCGCCGUCGUCGCGGCCGCCAUGUUCGGGGCCGAAGUCUUUGCCGCCAUGCAGAACGUGACCGUCAAGGGCAUCGCCGUCUGCAACAAGCGUCGCCAGGCGAUGGUCCAGGUCGAGCUCUACGACCGCGACACUCGUGAGAGCCUCUCAAUUCAUCUCCAAUAAUAAUCAAUAUCUCUGCAGUCGACCCCAACGAUCUUCUGGCCCAAACCAAGACUGGAAGCGAAGGAGAAUUCGAGAUUUUCGGCCAGGAAGACGAAGUUGGAAAAAUUGAGCCUUUCAUCCGAAUCACCCACGAGUGCAACCCAUCCAAGCCGGUAAGUCGUCCGUCUUUUGAGCUAUUUUUUUAGUAAACCUGUUUCAACUUUUGAGAGAAAGUCCUCUGAAACCAAGAUUCGAAGAAAAUAGAUAUAGCUGUUUCUGUUCCUAUGAAAUAAGUCUUCUAAAGUCUCUAAAAAAUUUCGCUCAAAUCUGAACUUUUCAGGGCUGCCGUCGCAUCGGCGACUACGUCGUUCCCCAGGACAAGAUCGGCGGCGUCUACGACAUGACCUACGUCACCCUCGACAUCAAGGUUCACGGCGAAAAGGAAAAGUGCAACUAA